UCACGCUUCGAUUCAAACAAAUUUUUCAAGAGUUGUGUGAGAGCAAAGUCGACUGGGAUGAACCACUGAAUGACGAAUUCUGCGAGGAAUGGAAUCAAAUUGUCCAGAAAUUAAAAGAAGCCAACCACAUGAGUAUCCCAAGAUGUUAUUGUCCAGAUUCGUUCGGUAGUGAAAUAAAGUCAACUGAGUUGCAUUUCUUUGGAGAUGCGUCCGAAAGUUCUUACGGUGCGUGUGUCUACAUACGAUGUGAACAAUCAGAAGGUAUUCAUUAUGAUCUAGUUGCUUCAAAAACAAGAGUGGCCCCAAUGUCGAAGCAGACAAUUCCUCGGUUGGUAUUAUUAUCAAGUCUUCUAGCAUCCCGGUUAACACAAAGCAUGAAGAAAGCCUUUAAUGACGUCAAGAGAAUCGAUUCAAUCACCCAUUGGUCUGAUUCAAAUGUAGUGCUUAGUUGGAUACGAAAUUCUAAUUAACGAAGAAUUCAUACAAUUUGUUAAUAACCGAUUAUUAGAGAUAAGAAGACUGGCAUCCCCCUAAUUAUGGAAGUAUGUACCUACCAAACAAAACCCAGCAGACAUUGCUUCCCGAGGAACAACAGCAACCCAGCUUGUAGAAAACAAAUUGUGGUGCGACGGUCCUAAAUUUUUAAUAAAGUCUAAUGAACAUUGGCCAUCCCAACCUUGCAAUUCCCACGAGGACGAUUUCGAGUUAAAAUUUCGAGUUAAAAUCUCUGUAGUAAGCGUUACUACAUCAAUCGUUAAGGUCGCACAAAUUCCAAAUAUUAUGGAAUUGAUGGAUACCUCGGAAUACGUAGUCUGCUCGCAGACUGCAUCCCGCUCCCCCGCGGGACUACAGUCUGCUGUCAUUCGACGCUUAUGCCGUACAAGCUACCGACGAAAUAUGAUCGGCAGUUUUUCAUUGGUUCGUUUCAAAAUUAUAUUUGCAUAAAUUUGCUUAGCUAAUUUCGAGACGAGUAUACCGGUUUUACCGAUUACAUAAAGUUUCUGGGUGCUGUUGGGCAGACAUUGCCACACAAAAGAGCAUUUAACUUUUUGGGAUGAAUAAAUUUGGUAGAAUUUACAAAUCUGGCAUAUUUUUUUUGCCAGUUUAUGUUUCGAUUUCGUUGUAUUGUUUUGCUUGACCUUGUCUAUUGUCUAUUGACCUUGUUUACAUAAUAUAAAGUUCUAUUUAAAGUAACGCACCUGAUUGGAUAAUAAAAUUAGAAAGCCAUUAAAGUGCUGAAGUGCACAAUAUUAUAUCUAUUUAUACGUCUACGUCACUGUGCAGCAUUAGUGACAAAUGGUCGCAGACUGUUAUCCUUCCACCACGGGGGGGAAGGGACAGUCUGUGCGCAGACUACGGAAUACGGCACUAUUCGAAGAUUACUUCGGGGUACAGCGUAUGUGUUACGUUUCAUUAACAAUCUCAAACGAAACGCGUAGGGAAUCUUGACAGCACGGUUGGACAGCUUACCUGUGGGGAAAUCGACAGCGCAGAACUGAAAUGGAUUAAAGACAUUCAGUAUCCAAUGUCCAAACAAGCAAAUUAUCGAAAAGUAAAAGAGUCCUUAAACUUGUUCGAAGAUAAAGAGAACAUCAUACGAUGCCACGGACGAAUACAAGAAUCACCCUUACCCUAUGAUACGAAAUUCCCUAUCCUUUUAGCGAGUGACCACUAUUUUGCAAGAUUAUUUGUUCUUCGAAGUCACGAACAAGUCAUGCACAAUGGAGUUCGAGAAACCCUGACGCAAGUUCAAUCCAAGUAUUAG